CAUAUGAACUCUGGAACCAGAUAAAAGAAAAAGAAAAAAAAAAGAGAACAAUAUCAUCAUUUGUGGUCUCAAGACAGGCAUUAGAGCAGAAGAGCUGUGGCUGCUGGACGAUUUAUGCUUUCUUCCAUCUCAGAAUUAUCUGGGGCAGCUGAAGUUGUCUCAGUUCCUGAGUUUCUGAUGUGGAUAUCAAGAGAUGGGUGAGGGACACCAGCGUCUGCCCAGGCGGGAAGGGAUACAGGAAGGGGUGGUGUGUUCUAUUAGGAAGGAAACAAUCAUCGUUGACUCCGUGUCUCCUGGGAGGUUGGCCUAUGAAGUCCUCAAAACAAGCUGGGGGCCAGUCACUCGCUGGAGGCACAGAUUGGAAAGGGAAGGGUUCCUUGGAACCAAGGGGGUGCACUGGGACUUCAGCCUCCUCCCUCCGCCCACCCUCCCCAGGGAGGUGUAGGUGUGACCCAUUCAUUGCAUUCCUCUGAGUUCAAAACGAACUUAAGUGAGUUUUAAGCUUAAAAGCCCACGAGGUCUGGCCAGGAAGUCUGAUACCAAGAUUGGACCACAUGCACUGCUGUUCUCUUGUCCGGACCCAGAAGAGUAACAGUAAAAGCAGCAGGUGAUUUGUGGAGCAUCAACUCUGCGCCUGGCCCCAGGUUUACGGCCAUUAGCGCCUUGAAACCCCACAACUGCUCCACGAGGUGGGGGCUGUUAAGAUCCCUUUUCGCAGACGAGGAAACGGCGGUUCAGAGAAGUUCAACAAAGCGCCUGAGGCUUGCUGAAGGUCAGGCUUGGGGACAGGAGUGUGAGCGUACCUGGGGUCGAGAGCUCCACUGGAAAUCGUGCCCAGGGGCCCCGCCGUGGGGGUGGGAGACAUGCACGGGGCCGAGGUCACACUGAGUCAUCCCCUCUCUGUCCCGAGGGGCGCGCGGCCGCCGUCCUGGGUCCUGCGCGGGGAUGCCAAGGGGAGGGUGGCGCCGGAAGGGGCCGGCAGUCUCCCGGCUCCGCGGUGGGGCGGAGUGGGAGCCGUCCCCGCCCCAGCGGAACCGCGCCCCUACUUCCCCGGGCGCGAGGAGGCGGAGCCGGCAGGGAGCGCGGGUCCGGGUCCGGACCGUGGGGAUGUGAUGUGCCGGCUCCCAGGGCGCCUCCGCCCGCCCGGCCUCCCCGCACGCGACCGCCGGGCGCCAGCAGUCUCCCGAGAGACACGCGAUUAUCACCCUCCUGUUACAGCGGAGGAAACAGAAGCUUAGAUGGGGUGAUUACCUUGGUGGAGGGCUGGCACCCAGAAGGAGACAGAGACCUCUGGACUCCACAUGGCAGCUGCGGCCACUGAAGAUGCCAACUCCCUCCUAAGAAGUGGGCCCGCCUCCUACAGGAAACGACCUUCUCCACAGUGACCAGGCUGGUUUACCCCAGGGCCUCACCUGCCUUCUCUCACCGACAGCGGAAGCUUCCCACCGUGUUUAAGAGAUUUAAAACACACUUCCUCGGGGUGACAGAGUUAAUAAACCAGACGGCAGGACAUCAAAGCCUCCUAUCUUAUUUGAUAAUCUGAGUAUCGUUUAAAGGAGAAUAUGAAAGUAUUACUCAGGCUUCUUUGUUUCAUGACUUUACUGAUUCCUUCUCUGGAGACUGAUAAAUGUGAGGAACACGAAGAGAAAAUUACACUAGUUUCACCCGCACGUGAGAUCGACGCUCGCUCGUGUCCUCUCAUCACAAGUGUACACAAAGAGCCUAUAACUUGGUAUAAAAAUGACAGCGCGACGCCUGUAUCUACAGAAAGAGGAUCCAGGAUUCACCAGCACAAAGACAAGCUCUGGUUUGUUCCUGCUGAAGUGGAGGAUUCAGGAGCUUACUAUUGCUCAGUGAGAAAUUCAACUUACUGCCUAAAAAUUAAAAUAGUGGUAGAGUUUGUGCAGCAUGAGCCUAACUUGUGUUACAAUGAAAGGACUGUGUUUACCCAGAGACUGCUGACCGCAGGAGACGGGCAACUUGUAUGUCCUUACUUGGAUUUUCUAAAAGAUGAAAACAACGAGUUACCCCGAGUGCAGUGGUAUAAGGAUUGCAAACCUCUACUUCUUGACAACGUAAACUUUGCUGGAGUAACAAAUAAGCUGAUCAUCACAAAUGUGAACACAGCACACAGUGGGCACUAUAUGUGUCAUGCGUCGUACACACACUUGGGAAAGCAGUAUCGUGUCACCCGGGCGAUAAAGCUGAUUACUCUGGAGAAAUCCAGAAACACAAAACCUGAGAUUGUGAGUCCAGCUAAUGAGACAAUGGAAGUGGUCUUGGGAUCCUGGCUUCAAUUGAUCUGCAAUGUUACUGGCCGGCUAAGUAACUAUGUCUACUGGAAGUGGAAUGGGUCAAUGGUUAGUACAUAUACUCCUGUGCUAGAGGAAGACUUUAUCACAGUGGAGAAUCCUUUAAACAGAAGAAGGAGUACAGUCCUCGCACGGCUUAAUAUUUCGGCAGUGGAAAGUAAAUUUUUCCUGCAUCCAUUUACCUGUUUAGCCAAGAAUACAGAAGGAAUAAGCACAGCAUAUAUACAACUAAUACAUCCAGUCCCUGAUUUCCAGAAGCCCACAGUUGGUAUAUUCGUCAUGUUAACAUUGGUAAUUACAUGCUCUGUUUGCAUCUACAAAGUCUUCAAGGUUGACAUUGUGCUUUGGUACAGAGAUUCCUUCUAUGAUUUCCUCCCGAAAAAAGUUUCAGAUGGAAAGACGUAUGAUGCAUACAUACUAUGUCCAAAGACCCCUGGGGAAGGGUCCACCUGUAACUUGGAUAUUUUUGUGUUUAAAGUCAUGCCUGAGGUCUUGGAAAAACAAUGCGGCUAUAAGUUGUUCAUCUGUGGCCGAGACGACUACGUUGGGGAAAGCAUUGUUGAGGUUGUUAAUGAAAAUGUAAAGAAAAGCAGGAGACUGAUUAUCAUUUUGGUCCCAGAAACGUCAGGAUUCAGCUGGCCGGGGAAUUCAUCUGAAGAGCAGGUGGCCAUGUACAAUGCUCUCAUUCAGGAAGGAAUUAAAGUCGUCCUAUUGGAGCUGGAGAAGAUUCCAGACUAUGAGAAAAUGCCAGAAUCCAUUAAAUUCAUUAAGCAGAAACAGGGGGUCAUACGCUGGUCAGGGGACUUUAGAGAGGGGUCGCAGUCUAUGAACUCGAGAUUCUGGAAGAAGGUCAGGUACCACAUGCCAGUCCAGCGGCAGCGGCGUUUAUCCAAGCACCAGCUGCUGUCCCCGGCCACCCUGCUGGACUCUAAGGAGAAACGACCCAUGGAGAUCCAUGUGCCUCUUGGGUAGUGGAGAAGCUUGGCCAAGAGUUCCUUGGUGACUCCUGUCUUCGGGCACUGCAGGCUGGGCCUCACUGACUUGCACGGUCAUCCUACACACCUGUUUAGUCCCUUAUCCCUGAGGUCACCUGGGACCGGAUUAAGGGGGCAGGGUGUGGCGAAAGUUGCUCUGUGACCAGGGCAACUCCAGGCCGAGGGCUUGGGAAGUCCUUUAAGAAGGCGCUGGAUGCCCUGUCUGAAUGUUUGGACUGCUGAGAAAAGGCGCUGGGCAGCAAACCAGAGGAAUGCAUAUGCAGGUAAUAUUCACCAUCUAUAGACAGAUUUAGGAAGUCUCCCAGGGUCUGAGGGCAGGGCUGUGGCCCAGUCUGGGCACAGCAGGCCCUCGAGGGGUUCUCCUGGGCAUAGCUACUGGCAGACUGAGACCUGUACUUCCCAGAGGAUGUAGAAGCAUUCUUGGAGAACUUUCCGUCUGCCUUGCAUUUCCCAUACCUCUCGACAGACAGCUGGCAGUCACUUUCCAAAGAUGGAAUUUCAUUUCAUGGAACCUUUAAAACUGUCAUUUCAAUGAGCAAAGGAAUUCCCCUGACUCUUAAGGAUUUGAAAUAACCUUACCUUUCUGCAGGAGAGAGAGAAUUUUGGGAGCAAGAAUAGCAGAGUAUGGACCCACCUCUUAAUGCCUUCCCCCUGCAGUGACCACUUGGUUCCACCUUUAUUCUUCUGCCUAUUCCUGGACUCGUCACUUCUCUGGAAGGUCCACUUCCAAGUCACCUCCUCCUCUCACUCUGUCACACACACAGCCUACAGAUGAAACGUCUUUCUACGAUGCUCGGAUCUUAAAAUGCCCUUGCUAGACCGCCUCCAUGGGCUCCUCCUGGGCGAAAGCCCACUUCCGCCCAUGAGCAUCUGACACCUCUCAGUCCUGCUCUGCACACGCCCAGAUCGUUCACCUUCACACCUGUCCCCAGCCUCCCUCCAUCUCUGCCUCUCUUUCCCGUCUCCUCUGACCAGAAAUCCUCUUCACGUUUUCUCUAGCUGACCCAAAUUUUAUUAAAACUCAAAAUUUACUCCAAGUCCCUUUCCUCAAGAAACUGCCCUCAGGCACUUGUUCUGUUUCUGUCAGUCUGAUUGUAUUUAGGCUGUCUCUCCAGGAAGUUGCUUCUGCCUCCAGCUCCAAGCCCUGUUCUCUGCAGAAAAGGCAGGGGUGUCUCUUUGUUGGCAAUGCCUUCAGAAGAAAUUUGCACACAUAAUGUACACUGUGCUUUACUGUUCAAAAAUUUCCACAGGUUAUUUUAUUUUUUGAAAACCUUCGUUCAGUUUCCCUUUAACCUUUUCCUUUCAGGCCUUCCCCAUUAAUUAGAUUUUACUGCAUAAUCUGAUGGGAAUUUUUCUUCUUGGUCAGUGUGAGUGUUUAAGAAAAGUUUGCAAGUAUAGUGAAGUAUUCCAUUUCCAGUUGUUAAAACUGGCUUAGCAGAAUUUUUAUUUUCCCCCUUCUGCCUCUAUUUGCAGUAAAAGAGGGUAUUGAGCCAUUUUUCUAAUGAGUUUUUUGAUAAAUUAUAUUUGUACUGGUUAAUGAUUUAAAAAAAAACCUUGUUUAUAUAAUUCUGCAGCAGAUACCAAAUAUUUUUAUAUAGAAAGACACCAGAUUCAUGUACAGCACGUAUCAUUGAUCAAUGGACUGUACUUAUUUUCCAAUAAAAUUGUCAAAACCUGG